GUGUGCAAAUGAAUUGUGAGGCAUUGAAUGAAUGGAGAACCGGAUAACUCCUGAAAGUCAAUUAGCGCACAUCGCCAACAAGAAUGUAUUUUCGGCUGUGAUCUAUUGUCUUCAAUUCAUGGUACAGUGAUCAGUUGUGGUACUGAGGAAUUCACAGGUGUGUUCUUCUACAAUGUGUGAGAAGUUUUUUCAAGUUAAUCUUAUCUGAGGUACGUGGUCUAUUCAUAAAGUCUUUAAGGGUACCACCAUGCCAGCCACAUACCUGUGGGCCAUCGGCAACCAGGGCCGGGCCUAUGCCAUGUCCACAGAUAAUCAGAUAUGGGAGCUUCGCAGCAUGGAAUUCAAUGUCAAACGGGUUCUCGGCUUUAAGAGGAUUUCGGCAUCCAAGCACGUCGUCUGGGGUUUGGCCUAUAAUCAGCAACCCUAUAUCUAUGUGUUUGGUAUGGAUGUGCCAAUUCGAUACUUGGAAUACACUUACGAAAACCAGAGAUGGGGACCAGUGAGAGGCUACUCUGAUAAGAGUCUCAUCUUCUCUGACCGUUCUCCUUGGAGCGAUGAGAAGGGUAGUAGGGUGUUCCCUAGACCUCGGGAUGUUAGACUUCCAAACAAACAUUGGAAGUGGGAAUCAGACUGGCAUGUAGAUGAGAACUAUAAAGGACAACCCACUGGAAAAGAGGGAUGGCAGUAUGCAGUGAACUUCAAUACAAAUGAGAGUUAUACAUCUGAGAAGAAAUGGAACUCUUGCGUUCGGAGGAGAAAAUGGAUUCGAUACAGGAAAUAUAUUGCUACUGAUGCUUGGGCACAGGUACAAAGUAUCAAUGCUGAUCCUCUUGAAGAACCAUUGAUGGAGUUGUCUAUAGGUGGCCAUGAACUUCCUGGUCAACAGGAGGGAUAUCUCUCAGUUUGGGCUAUAUCAGCAUUAGGAAAGGUAUUCUUCCGAGUAGGUGUGUCAAGGAAGAACCCUGAAGGUUCCCUCUGGAGGGAGGUGUUCACCUCUGAAGGCAAGGGUCUUGUCCAGCUAUCUGUAGGACCUACAGGAGUGGUGUGGGGUGUGACAUGGGAUGGCCAAGGUGUGAUACGAAUGGGAGUGUCAAGGGAUCAUCCUCUAGGGACCAAUUGGACGUAUGUGAAUCCACCUGAGAAGUCUCUCCUAACUAGUGUUACCGUGGGUAACAAUGUGGUAUGGGCGAUUACAAGAGAUCAAAAGGUUUGGUUCAGGAAAGGUUAUAUGUCGACUGAUAUGAAGGAGAAUAGAAGCAAUCGAGCAGGGACUAGCUGGAUUGAAAUGUGUGGUCAGGUGGCCCAACUCUCUGUUGGACCCAAUGAUCAGGUUUGGGCUCUGACUGCAGAGGAAGGCCGUUCUAUUGUUUUCAGAUCCGGUGUUUCGUAUGAAGAGCUUAGCGGAAGGGAAUGGAAAGCAGUGAUUAUCAUUGAGAAGAACGAUCAGAGGUACAUGUACCAACCAAUUGAUACUAUCAGUGUGGCAGACAGUAUGGUUUCAAACUCUGUCAGCAUCUGCGCUAAAACCCAGCAUUUGCUUGAUGCCGAUUGCCGCUUCAUGAGGAGUGCCAGUGAACCGUCUGCGUUGUCAGUCAUGGGGUACGAUGCUAGUAUGCCUUCAGUUCUAGGAGAUGAGUUCAUGCACAAUGGGAAGUUGAUGAGGACAAUGUGUGCACAGACGGUUGAUAUAUCCAAGGCAAACAGUUCCGGGGCCCUUAACUCGGGUUUUGAAGAUAGCAUGAACUCGACCUUCCUGCCAGUGGACGGGGGCAGUGUUGGUAGAUCAGCUUCUGCCAGUCCUGUGAAUGUACCAGAUGUCCCAGAACUUGUGUCUUCGAGUCCUUUGAAUGUGCCUGAUGUCGAAGAACUGGUGUUAGUUUUUCCCGAAGACGAUCCUCCAUCAGAAUCUGACCCAGCAAAGGGUUUAACAGUGGAAGACAUUCAUAACCUGACUCCUGUAACAAUGCCUGCACACCCUAUCACCAGGCAGCCAAGCUAUCACACAGAUGUCUCAGACAACACCAUUGACUACAUCACAGACUUCAACGAGGAAGACUCUUGUGAGAAUUUGCAAGAUAGUGGAAGCGAGAAAGGUACGCAAACAGAAACUCUACCAGACUGCAUUAACCUUCACCAAGGUGGGCUAGUUGGUCCAGAUAUCACAGUGGACCUGGUGAGGCAAUUGCAACUGCAGAACAACCAGUCAACAUCUACGACAGGAAUCCCAGACUGUGUGGAGCAGGAAGACAAGAGACAUAAAUACCUAGUAGACAAUCGUACACAUUCUUUUGGCAGCGUGAAAUUCAGUUUAAAUGACAAGGAACAUAAGAUCGACUCUGGAUCCGUUAGCGACAGUGAAUUAAGGACUACACCUUCCAUUACAGUUGAUGACUUUGAUAGCAGGCGUAGACCGCUAUUACACGCGCGGCCGCGGGUUGUCACACACUCCUUCUCUAGGACAGCCGAUUCAUCUUUGCCUAUCCGUAAUGACAGCAUGGCAGAGCUAUGUCAAGCAGGAGAUGAGACGGAGGAAGAGGAACCGCUCUGGAUGUGGGUCAGUGGUGGAGGGUGUGUAGUAGAGCCGACAUCACUCCCAAAAUGGUUUUUCCAAGCAACCCUUAGUCAACAGAGCUUCCGUCAUCGCUUACAAGAAGGGCCUUGGCGUAGUUUAAUCCUCAAUUCUUUGAGGCGACGUAGGGAAGAAGAGGCCAUGUCAUUUGAGCACUAUCCUAAUGCAGUUGAAAGGAGUUCCUGGGCUAAAGUAGGUCGCCUCCAAUGGUACAGUGAAGGGAGGAGACGUCAAUGGAUGGACUGUACCAUUGAGCUUGAGAGGGGUGUUGAUGGUACAGGGAGGCAGCAGAGUAGAUUCUCCCUUCAUUAUCAGUCGUUUGGUAAACAGAAGCUGAUUAGAUUUUUAUUGAGUGAAGUGACGUCUGUUCAGGAGGUGAUUAAUGGCUCGGAAUAUCCUUCAUUCUGCAUCUUCACACCAAAGAGGGUGCUGGACAGAAAACCAAUCACAUUACGUGCAAACAGUGAUGGAGAGCUGGAAGAAUGGGUUGCUGCAAUCAGCCAAGCGUGUACAGAGGUAAGGGGUAUAUAUGGAGCGCCCUCUUGCAGGGCAUCGUGGUUAGUCACAUGUAGAGGAGAUGUCUUCGUUCAUGAAACACUACCUAACAUGCAGAUUGCACCCUCAUCUCAUCUGUACUGGAGGCAGAUAGGAGGGCAUCUAGCAUACAUUGAAGCAUGUGGAGCCGGAGUGGUCUGGGGUCUAGGAUUGGACCACACUCCUUGGGUCUACUUAGGAGGGUAUGGUGGAGGAAUAUUCAAAGGGAUUUACAGCAGUUCACUUGGCAACCAGCCUCAGACUGACUCCAAGAAUAUCUAUGUGUUUGAGAACCAAAGAUGGAGUCCUCUUGCAGGCUUUACUGACAGGGGUUUGUGGACAAAUGAUUCUGGGAAGAUAGUUGAAUCAAGAGACAAUGUUCAGAUGCCAUCAUCACACUGGCAGUGGAUAUCUGACUGGAAGAUCGAUUUUACUAUCUCUGGAAGCACAGAUAAAGAAGGAUGGCAGUAUGCAAAAGAAUUUAAACACACCAAGGCAUUCCAUAAAGACAGAAGAUGGAAUGAUUAUGUAAGAAGGCGGAGAUGGGUCAGGAGAUGUCAAAUAAAGACGUCCGGUCCCUGGAAACAGAUCCCAAACCUUGGACUCAAAGAUGUUUCACUUCAGGUGGAUGUAGAUGAAGAAUUGGAUGGCCCCAUUGCAUUAUGGGCCAUUGGAACCAAUGGUGAUGUCGUUACUAGACUAGGAGUGACAAGGGCGUGUCCUGAGGGUACAGCAUGGAUGCACGUCCCUACGGAUCAGCCAUUCCAGUCAAUAUCAGUGGGUGGAAAGUUUAGGGUCUGGGCGGUGGCGCGAGACGGUUCCGCCUUCUAUCGCAACAGGGUUAGUGACUACAAUCGUACAGGUGAUACCUGGUUUCAUAUCGCCCCGCCCUCAGUCGCCCCUUUAAAGCAGAUCUCAGCUGGCCUGUGCUCUGUAUGGGCUAUUGAUGUGCAAAUGAACCUGUGGUAUCGCCAGGACAUCACUCCAACCUUCCCCGAAGGCACUAGGUGGAUCCAUGUUAGUUCUCGCGUCCGUAAAGUAUCAGUUGGCCCUCAAGAUCAGGUUUGGGUGAUAGCUGAUCAAGUAGAUGGCGCUCGUGGCGUGGUGUGUCGACGUGAUGGGAUUGGACCAGCUAAACCUAUGGGGAAAGCAUGGGACAAAGGAGCUGGGGGAGGUAUCAUGCAUCUCUGUAUACGAAGCUGCACCAAAGAGUUAGAGAAAGAUCCAUUGGUAGAGGAUAUCGCCAUGGCAACCAUCCAAGGGAGUGCGUUAGAUACCAAGAAGAAAGAGGAUCCUGUGAGGCCGUACACAAGCUCGGAUGGAAAUGCUCUCUGCUAAUCAAGGUUACCUCUCUAACACGGAACAAAGAACCCGAUAGGAUGAUAUGUAGUUUGCUGUCAAGUGAAUCACGAGUUUCACCGAUCACGACCUUUUGGCUUCCUCAAAGAUGACUUUGCCUUGAUGAUUUGUUGAAACUUAGUGGCCCGAAUUCACAAAGGCGGUUUUGAAAACCCACGGUUGAGUCCAUG